UCGUCUAGUACAGUUACCCGAAUUUAAAGCUGUAUCUCUCACGAUUAACCCCUUUAUCAUCGAUUUUAUAACCGCCAAGGAGAUCUACCUCAAUAUUUGGGAGAUAAACAGGCAGAGAGUUUAUCUCACUUUAUUUACCCGUUGAAUCACCGACGUUUUAUACUUACCCAUCAGACUUUACAUCUGUGAACAUGCGCAUUACAUAAUUGAACUUUGAGACUCUUUUUACUACAAGAAACUCGGAUUCCGAGAUGGAAAACAAUCACGAAACUGAUCCUCUAGACAAAAAGAAAGAGGACAGACCAGAGUCCUACAAUGAGGACAAAUCUGAAAAACACAGACGGACAAUCGGACGUUUCCGCAUCAUGGUGUUUGCAGCUGGGAUACUAAUUCUCCUACUGUUAAUCAUAGUUAUAGUGGUGGGUGUCAUGAAGAAAUUUGAGAAGAUUCCGCCUUGCUCGUCAGGCCAAACAGUUGAUCUAUCAGAACCGAAUAAUCCGUCAAUGUUUCAUGAUUUAACUUCCAAGGAAGUGAAAGGAAUGAUGGAUUUUCUUUAUAAACAAAAAGAUCUUAAUUUAACAAGACCAGUAAAAGCCAAAGUGAGAUCAUCGUACAUAUUUACAGCAGAACUCCAUCUACCUGAAAAAGCAGACGCAACUUCUUUUCUUGAUAGUGGUUCUGGACAGAAACCACCAAGACAAGCGCGAGUCAUAAUUUUUCGGGGAGACUUACUCAUACCAAAAAUUAUGGAGAUAGUCGUCACUCCGCUCCCUAAUCCCACUCAUUACACGAUCUGGAAGGACGACAUUCCUUUCCAGUACCGCCCUAUUACUGGUCCAGAUUAUGGUGGUGCUAUAGAAAAAAUCACACAGGAGACUGAUCGAAAAGCGCGCCAACUUUUACAAGAAAGCUUUGGUGGGUCACUUACAAAUUGUGGUGAAACUUGUCUUACUUAUAAAUAUGUUACACUUAUGUCAUCUGCAGUUAGUGGAAGAGAUCGACGUCUAUACUGGUUCUGGAUGUCUCAGUUUGUAGAAUUUUACAUUCUCCAUCCUAUUGACUUCGCUGUGCUAGUCGAUAUGGACGAUCCAAAUUAUUCAAUUGAGAAAGUAUGGUACAAUGAGCAUACGUUUGACACCCUCGACUCUCUUGUUAAACAAUACAAUGAGGACAAAUUGCAAAAGAAACACUUACUUUUUCCCGAUUUGUCCGAGACUCUGUUUUCCAGAUUAUACAGACGAGGCACCGAGUUCCCGAAAACAACACAGCGUCCACCCAUUUCUAUCGAACCAGAUGGUCGCAGAUACAGUGUAGAAGGUCAGCAUGUGAAGUACAUGAACUGGGAAUUUGACUUCAGAAUGUCUAGUACUCGGGGCCCACAGCUAUAUGAUAUACGUUUCCAAAACAACAGAAUUGUGUACGAACUUGCUUUACAAGAAAUCAGUGUCUUUUAUUCCGGAUAUAAGCCGACACAGAUGUUUGCAAAUUACUUUGAUUCAACUGCUCUGAUUGGUCCUCAGGAUAAAGGGUUAGUCCCAGGUGUUGACUGUCCGUCCCAUGCCACAUUUAUGCCUGCUUCUCAUGUACUGGAAUCCUCUGAAAAGAUGAUCACAUACAAAAACUCUUUCUGUGUGUUUGAAAUCAACACAGGAAUGCCUCUUCGAACACAUCACUCUUUCUCUCCAUUCCAUGGCGCAUUUUAUGAAGGACUGCCAAAUACUAUUCUUAUACUGAGAUCAAUCCUUACAGUGGUCAAUUACAGCUAUCUCCUUGACUUUAUAUUCUACCAUACCGGGGCAAUGGAAGUUAAAAUAGUGUCAACUGGUUACAUACUUUCUACCCCGUUUACAGCCAACGCUGCGAACUUUGGGGUACAGGUGAGCGACAACAUCAAUGGUAACCUACACCAUCAUAUGUUUAGCUACAAGGUAGAUAUAGAUAUUGAAGGACCUCAGAAUCGCUAUAGAACUCUGGACAUCUCCACUAAAGCUUCUGCCAACCGAUUCAAUCCAGACCCUAAUGCAAAAAUUGUCCAAGGUCAAUUCGUGGUUUCUGAGAAAAAGACGGAAAGCGAAGCUGCAUACAAGUAUAAUUUUGAUACCCCAAAGUACCACUUGUUCUACAGCAAUUUGAAAAGCAAUAAGUUCGGGGUUCCAAGAUCAUACAGGCUGCUGAGUCGAGGAAUGAGUAAACAACUGUUACCAGAAGGCGAGGGGAACGAACCGGCCAUGGCCUGGAUGCGCUAUCAAAUGGCGGUCACCAAACGGAAAGAAAAUGAAAGAAUAUGUAGUUCCAUAUAUAGUGGAUUGGACGCUAAAUCACCAGUUGUCAAUUUUGACGACUACUUGAACGACAAUGAAAAUAUUGUAGAUGAGGAUUUGGUUGCUUGGGUGAGUAUGGGCGUCCAGCACAUCCCCCAUACAGAGGAUCUCCCUGUAACUCACACACCAGGCAUGGAUCUCAGUUUUUUCCUGUUACCGUAUAAUUAUUUUCCAGAAGACCCUGCAAUGGGAUCACGUGAUUCCGUGAGGAUAGAACCAAACAUAUACAAUAAUCCUAAGAGUGGAGUAAAAGUAACCGGAUUUGAUAAAGAAGAUCUUCAAUGUAAACCCCCUGUAAACAAUUAUCAGCAAGCCGUAGAAGCUGAUCCGGGUAUUUUGUUUGAAAGUUCGGAUGGACAAUCCACAUCAAUAUAAAUAUGUAUGUACAUGUACAUCAGAAACAGUUGAAGACUGGAUUUGUAAAAGAGCUGGUGAAUGAAAUGGUUUUGGAUGCAAGUCUUGGCUAACGUCAUGAAUGUUUAGAAUAUCAUCCAAAGUUUCAUGUGUGUAUUUCACUGUGUGCAUAAAGUGUUAUGCUUAAGAAUCAUUGAAUUAGUAUAUUUAAUUAUAUUUUUGGGAUUGGGCAAUUAUACACUUAUCCACUGGCUGAAAGUACGAUCGUUUUUUUAACCGUGUAAGGAAAGAAAAAGUACCUGUUACGAGUAAAUGAUAAAUAAGAUUUCCCAUUCACACAAAGAGAGGGAAGUGUAAUUUUACCGAUGUACAUAUUUCCUGAGGGUUGAAUAGCACAUUUUAUACCCCAGGGUAUAGUUUUGUUGAACUCUGCAGUAUUAAGGAAAUCGCCAACCAAUCAUAAUGCAGGUUAAACCAUUCGAUAUUGUUGUCAAAAUUUGAAUGUAAAAUUUCUGAGGGUGGAAAGUGUACCAGUAUUUUAUACCCAUUUGUAUAUUUUUGCUAUAUAUGAAAAAUUUUAGACUAUAAAAUAGUAGUUUUACCUCCUAACUUUAUCUAAGGAACAUUUAAACAGUAGUAAAAUGAGUAAAAAAAAUAAUUUUAAGAAAAAACUUAUUCAUAAGGCGGUCUGAACUUAUAUUAUCGAAGUCUAUCGUAAUUCCAUCAAAAGUUUUGCAUAUAGGUAGUCUACAAUUUACUGAACAUUUGCAGUAUAUUUACUGGGAUUUUGCAUAAUUUUUUUAACCAUCGUAUGUAACAUAUAGAUAAUGUUAUGUAUUUUGUAACAAUUUCUAUGUAUUUUUCUGUAAUGUUUUUCAAAUAAUAAAUACAUUGUAAUUCUUUAUUGCUGAA